AUGUCUUCUUCUAGGAGAGUGUAUAAACAGUUUGAGGAGCAACAUAAAAGAUUGUUGACACAACAUGAAGAAUUGGUCAAUCUCGAGGAAGGUGGAGGCGGAGAUGAGGCUUUUGCAAUGGAGGAGGAUAAAGAUGAUGACCAUAGAAGGCAGAGGGCUUCACGUUCCCAUUGUGUCAUGGAAGCUGUGGGUCUUCUUCCUGAGCAAAAAGUUACUACUACCUUGCAGAUGCUUGCAUAUGAAGCAUCUGUAGAUCAAGUGGAUGAGAUAACGAGGAUGGGAAAAUCAAUUGUUCUAGAGUCCCUGAUGCGAUUUUUCUCUGCAAUCGAAGCCCUCUAUAUGAAGGAGUACCUCCGGAAAUUGACGCAUAAGGAUCUGCGAAGGCUACUGAGGAAGGCUGAGAUGCGAGGCUUCCUGGCAUGA